AUGGCCGGGCUCAAGUACAUGACUGGUUUUGGGAACGAGCUCUCCUCUGAGGACCCGCGUUGUCCCGGCUCCUUACCUGAAGGACAGAACAAUCCCCAGGUUUGCCCCUACGGCCUCUAUGCUGAGCAGAUCUCUGGCUCUGCCUUCACCUGCCCACGACCCGCCAACAAGAGAAGCUGGCUCUACCGAAUCAUCCCAUCUGUCAAGCACAAGCCUUUUGCCCCCGUGCCAAACGGGGACCUCACAGAGAACUGGGAUGAAGUUGAGCCCGAUCCCAACCAGGGUCUUCACACCGUCUGCGGGGCGGGAGAUGCCAGAUCUCGCAACGGCAUCGGCAUCCACAUGUACAUGUGCAACACCUCCAUGGUGGACAGAUGUUUUAACAACUCAGAUGGCGACUUCCUGAUAGUCCCUCAGCAGGGCGAGAUCUUGAUCACCACAGAGUUCGGGAAGAUGAUGGUGGAGCCUAACGAGAUCUGCGUUAUCCAGCAAGGGAUGCGCUUCAGCGUGGACGUGUUUGGGCAAACCAGGGGCUACAUUCUGGAGGUGUACGGAGCCCAUUUUGAGCUCCCUGACCUGGGGCCUAUAGGAGCCAACGGUCUGGCCAACCCGAGGGACUUCCUCUGCCCAGUCGCAUGGUACGAGGAUCGCCAAGUGUCCAGCGGCUACACCGUGGUCAACAAGUACCAGGGAAAGCUGUUCGCCUGCCAACAGGAUUUCUCUCCAUUCAAUGUGGUCGCUUGGCAUGGGAACUACACACCGUACAAGUACAACCUGAAGAACUUCAUGGUCAUCAACUGCGUAGCCUUUGACCACGCGGAUCCAUCCAUCUUUACUGUGCUGACAGCCAAAUCCACCAGACCUGGUGUGGCCAUAGCGGACUUUGUCAUCUUCCCCCCACGAUGGGGAGUCGCUGACCAUACCUUUCGUCCACCUUACUAUCACCGUAACUGCAUGAGUGAGUUCAUGGGUCUGAUCAAAGGCCAUUAUGAGGCUAAAGAAGAGGGUUUCCAGCCGGGAGGGGCCAGCCUUCACAGCAUGAUGACCCCACACGGCCCGGACGGCGACUGCUUUGAGAAGAACAGCACUUCUGACCUCAAACCAGAAAGAGUGGCUGAGGGAACCAUGGCUUUCAUGUUUGAGUCGUCCUUCAACAUGGCCGUGACUAAGUGGGGUCUCCAAACAUGUCAGAGGCUCGACAAGAGCUACUACCAGUGCUGGGAAACUCUCCGCAGCCACUUUAACCCCAACUGGAGGCCCAGCAAGCAGUGA